AUGACGACCACCAAUUUCGACGACAUUCUGAACAAGUUGGAAAUAGGACCCUGGAACCUGAUGAUAUUUCUCCUUUGUUCAUUGUGGGGAGUGUUCGCGGCGAUGCAAGCUGUGGGGACGGCUUUCUUGAGUCCUGCCACUGACCACUGGUGCAGGCUGCCAGAGCUGAACCACUGGACCAACGCGCAGGUGUGGAGCUACGCCUUGCCCAGGACUACAGUGGGAGGGCUGCCCCAGCAUUCCCAGUGCGAGAUGUACACUAGAAACUACUCUCUAUUGGUUGGAGUUCCAUGGGAGGAGCGUCUUCAACACCUGCCUGAAGGAGACGUUGAAGAAGAGUCUCUCCCGACUCAGCCAUGCGAGGCGUGGCAGUAUGACACCAGCACCUUCAGUUCCACGCUCAUCUCGGAGUGGAACCUGGUGUGUGGGCGUGAGACACUUCGUUCACUUAUACAGAGCGUCUAUAUGAUGGGAUACGCAGUCGGUUCUCCUCUUGGAGGCUUCUUCUCAGACAGGUUCGGCCGUAAACGAGUAAUGAGUAUCGCGUUGUGGGUGUUUAUACUUGUGUCCAUCACUGGCUCCUUCUCUCCUUACUACGAACUCUUCCUUUUGUGUCGCUUCCUCAUAGCCUUUUCGAGCACCAUCGUCUACCAGGCCUCUUAUAUCUUAGCUGUUGAGUCGUGUACCAGGCGUCAGAGAGGCGUGGUGGGCAUCCUGUUCUCAGUACCCUCCGCCCUGGGUUUUAUGUUACUUCCGUGCAUCGCCUACUACGUUCGUGAGUGGCGAGCCCUGCACCUGGCUGUCUCUGUCCCUGUCAUCGUCCUCAUCGCCAACACAAUCCUCCUGCCGGAGUCCCCGAGAUGGCUGCUGCAUUCCGGGAAGUGGAGGCAGGCGGAGAUAGAGCUGCUGAAGGCUGCCAGGUGGAACAGAGGCAAGAGCUUUGACACCAGCUGGCUUCGCUCCACCCUGACCCAGUUGAAGGCAGAGUCGGAAGUAACGCCCUCCAAUCAAGUCUCUGUAACGCCCUCCAAUCAGAAGUCUGUGAAACGCCCUCCAGUCAGAAGUCUGUGUAACGCCCUCCAGUCAGAAGUCUGUGUAACGCCCUCCAGUCAGAAGUGCCUGUAA